GUGGACUUUUAUAGUUUGGUUGCGCCGGACGUUGCUCAUCAACUUUUUAGCGAUAUUUGCAAAGCUACAUACUAGCGAAAUAUUCACGUUUCGCUGCUCUUUUGUACGCGUGUGUGGUGCAUUUUCACUAUACUGGGGUUUCAGACUGACAUCUAAAGUCGUUAUCAAAAUCGAGAAGGUGUUUGAAGAGAAGAGGACAUCCGGCGAAGACGGCGAAUUAGCGAGCGGGGUUAUGUUUCUAGGCUAACUCGGAGCAGGCGAGAGCUUGCCAGAAAUUUUCCUGCCUGACGAUUUUUUUCGUUUACUACAAAAGACUCCCAGCAUGCUGAUGGUGGGAGGCGAUGGACGGGUGCACUAGAAUGAGUGUGAAGGAGCUGUGUGAGACCGAUGACCUGGCCACCAGUUUGGUGCUGGACCCGCUUCUGGGCUUCAGCACCCAUAAAAUGAACAUCAGUCCCCCUCCAGAGGUCCGGCGUUGGGGCAACCUCAAAGAGACGCUGUUGCGGUUUCAGCGCACGCAUGACUUUGACGCCACGUUUGAGGCUCUGACUGUCGGAGAACUGGCCGGUGAUUACUUUAAUGCUCUGGGAAGCCAUCGACAGGAGCUGCUGAGACAACAUGUGUAUCGCUACCUCAGUGCCUUCCUGCUGGAUAGUGGCAUCAGGAUAGAGUCCUGUGACAGAUACUCCUCGGAGACUAAUGGAGCAAAGAUAACAUCAACAAGGCACUGGUUUGUUGGAGAACGCGUGGAGGUCCUACUGGGCUGCAUCGCAGAGCUGAGCCUCGCCGACAGCACCGUGCUGAGGGCAGGGGUCAACGACUUCAGCGUGAUGUAUUCCACACGCAAGCGCUGCGCUCAGCUCUGGCUCGGGCCGGCGGCGUUUAUCAACCACGACUGCAAGCCCAACUGCAAGUUUCUCCCAGGUGAGAAAAAUAUCGCCUGUGUUGAAGUGAUUCGACCCAUAUCACCUGGGGAGGAGAUCACCUGUUACUAUGGUGCCAGCUUUUUUGGCGAAGGCAAUGAAAUGUGUGAAUGCUGCACCUGUGAAAGGAAUGGAGAGGGUCACUUCAAGCAUAAGGGGAAGCAGCCUGAGUGCGAGGAAACAAAGGACCCCGUGGGUCAGAAGUACCGCCUGAGAGAGAGAUUUCUCCGCCACCACAGAGAGAGAGGUUACUUUGCUAGCAGACCGAUAACUCCAGGAAUACACUCUGGGAUUUUCAAAGCCAUCCCUUCGAGGAACUCCUUCACCCAGCAGAUGAGGAGGAAUGCCUUGAAGAACAAAAAGCUGAAUGAAACAAAGAAGUGGAGGCGAGAGAAGCAGAGAUGGUCAGGAAAGCUGCCGCUGAAAUCCUCCACGAUUAAACGGUGCAGGACGCUCCCACUUCUGUCCCAGGUCACGCUGAAGGACGUCAGGGUCAGAGUUCGGCGUCACUCUCUGGAUUUUCUUCUUAACUGUAAGAAUCCCAAAAGCAGAGAGAGGGCCUUGCUGCAGCAGCUCGAGGAAGUGAAGCCAAACUCAGUGAAGCAAGUGAAAUCCACCGGUGAAGAAAAUGACAGCAGUGCGGUAAAUUUGAUGCCCUUUACUGCAGGCCCCUCCAUGUUGGCGAAUCAGAAGCGUAGACCUGUAGGACGUGGCGUUGGACUUGGUGAGAGUCCUGUCAAAGUGGUGGACAGGCCGGCAGCUCGCAGGAGGAAAUCUUCAAAGACAAAAAGCAUGGCCGCAAGAAGACAGCGGUCCAAGAUGGAGUCCAGCAACACAGACUCUGCUGGUGCUGUAACAGGGUCUCGGCCCGUUCAGGAUGAUCAAACCUGCUGCACAAAAACGCCGGAGGCGACGGACAAAGCAAUCACUGAAAGUCAAAGCAACAACAGCGGCAGCACCAAACCCAGCAUCGUCACCGGGGUAAAGAACCCAGGUACUAAGCAAAAUGUUACCGAGGCUUCGCCCAAUUUAACAAACUGUCAGAAUGUCUCACACGGGUCAGAGAAUGCUGCGGCCAAUCCAAUGGUAUCCCUAAAGCAAUACGUCACAGUAAACCUUACACGGCUGUCGUUGCCACAAGGUCUAGAGCCCGGAAAGCCCGGUGGAGACGGAAAAAGAUGUGUUGCAAAAAGACGAAACAAGCCGGGUCCGAAAGCGUCCGCUCUAAAAGAGAAACCUGUCAUUGUGGCAGAUGGCUGCGCGGCUGAGGGUAAAAGAGGAGCGAAGGAGGUGGUGGUCAAGGCCAAGGAUCAAGGAAGUGCAGGAAAGCAGCAUCCAGCUGUGGAAGUGACGGAUCCCUCUCAUGAUGAGAAACGGCACGCUGACAAGGCUUCUGAAGCUCAGACGGUGUCGAGUGAGCAGAAAGGUGACGAGCAACAGGAGCAGCCGACUGUUGUGAAGGACAAAACCGAUGAGCAAGACAACAAAACGGUUCCCGGGACAAACGCUGUAGAAUGCCAAAGAGCUGUGGAAGUGAAAGAGUCUGAGUGUAACGUGGUGUCCAGAGAAGUAAAAAAGAGACAGAGCAACACCCAGAGUAAAAGGAAGGGUGGAUGUAAGCGGCAAAAAGUAGGUAACGACGUAUCAGGAGAAACGGAACAAAUGAAAAAGAGUUUGAUGGAACCACCAGUGAGCAGGAAGGAGGACACCAUUGUUAUAAAACAAGCAAAAGUUCUGCUGUCGGACAUUUUAAAGAAGGAUAAAACCUUAAUAUACAGGAAACUGAGGGGAGACGUCGGGGUAGAGUUCUGCAGAACAUCUAAAGAAAUGCUGAGUACUGAACAGGAAGUGGAACAAGGCGAAAUAAAGGAAGGCGAUGGCCUCUGCCCAGUUAACAGGUUGAAAGGAAGGCAAAUGCGUCCGAGAUCAGUGAAAAAAAACGUAAAUGACAAGCAAAGCACCAAAGGACACUUGAGCAAAGAAGUCCCCGUCUCAGUGAAGGCCGUGAAUGAAAAAGCAUGUCCACUUCAGCCUGAGCAGAGGCACAGUGAGCCACUGACUGCCUGCCUCAACCCACUACCUCCAAGGUCACCGCUUUCAGCUAAAGCUAGCCUUCAUCCAGACACUAAUCUACAGCUGCACACUCAGUCCAACAUACCUCUGAAGAAACGUACUUUUCGCAGUUCCCUUGAAAUAGACUCUGAACAAAGUCUGAACUUGACCUCAGAAGCCGUUCUCAAAAAGACUCCAGAGUCAAGUUCCCCUUCAGCUCCGAAACAGAGCUCGUCAUCUUGUUUAGGAGACGGUGGCAAAGUAAGAAGAGAGAAUAAAGUCAAGACGGCUUCCAAACGAGUCCCAAAACAACCCUCCUUCAACAAAACGCUUCGCUCCAGACCCAAUGUAGCUCAGCGAGGACACCUAGUGAGGAAAGUUCAGAAAUGUAAAGUGGGAAAGCAGGAUGACAGUAAGGCUCUCACGCCACUGUGUGAUGAUCCUGCAGAGGACAAAACACCAGAGGUUAAACCCAAAAUCAAGCAAAAGUGUGCUAAAAGUUCAUCCUCACAAGAUUAUUCCACUGAGGAGCAAUAUUCAGAGCAGACAGAGUCGGCGUGCGAUUUCAAGAUCCGCCUCAAGAGAAGAAGAGGGAAGGUGUGGGAGAUGGAAAAUGAAAGAAUGGCCCUGAAAUCAGAGAAAGAAGAGGAUUUAACGGAAUGCGACCCUUUUAAAGCCAUAAUGGAUUCUGUUUCAAUUUUAAACAUGGAGAUGGAGGCUCACAUGCAGGCCAGCAAAAAGCCUAAGAGCAGAUUGGAUCGUCUGAAACGAAGACGAGAGCAAGCCGUGGAAAACCAGCCUGCUCUUCUCUCUGCUGAUGUUAAACCCGGCUGUGAAGACAAAUUCCGGCCAAACGAGUCAACGAGUGGAAAAAGAGAAAUUAUAGAGACGUUUGAUGGAGUUCAGAAGGUUUCUGAGAAGGCUGAGAGUCCGGCCAGCAGCAACGGGACGUUUUCAGCGUUUGAGCAGGAAACUAAAAUGGAAGACCGUUUCUUAAAUCACUUCUGCUUGUUUGAAAGUGGGUCGCAACAAAAACUGGAGCCAGAAUUGGGUUUAAAUGGUCUCCCGUUACCCGUAAUAAAACUCAGGAGAAAGGCAGAGGAUAUCUGGGAAGUGGACAGUAAAAAGGGUCUCAUUCAGGCUGACCUAUUAGAGUCCAACAUUAAAAAGGAAAUAAAGACUCAGGCUCCUGGAAAACAAAAGAAGGGGUGCCUUGACUCGGGUACGCUCAAAGCCGAGUGUCCAUCCAAUCAGAGAGUAAACGGCAAGCCAACUGCAAAUAAGACAGAAGCGCCUCCAUUCUCAUUGUCCCUGUCACCUCUGUCGCUCUCUUCACCACUAAACUAUAACAACGCCGAAGCUUUUCCAGCUGCAGAUAGAAGUGCCGAAAGGUCAGAGAUGAAUAGAGAAGGGAGAAAACCGAGGCAAAAGACAGACGGAUCACGCAAGUGCGGGCCUGUGGAAACGCCCACCACUUGCCUUAGUCACACACUUCAACAGAUCGAUAACAGCCUCUCAAGGCUCUCUGAAGGAUUGUGUUCUUCACAGACGUUGGAAAAACCUGCAACCUGUUCCAGUGCCUCCAGUUCGGUGAUUCAGACCCCGUCCCAGUCCCCUCCCUUCACUACUGCUGACAGCAUGCUCACAGGCGAGCCUAACUUCACUAACUGCUGUGAUGAUAUCCUCGACUUUCAGUGUCUCAACUUUGAGGGGUACUACCAACCACAGAACAUACUCCCAUCUUCACCCUCAGAUCUGUGUUCUCUGGAUCCACCCACUGACCCUUUCAGCAGCCCCUUGUCCCACAGCCCCUCUGACACCUGGAACACUGAAACACCCUAUCUUGGCCCUCCAAGUCCAGAAAAUAACUUUAACAGCGAGGAUUUGCAGUUUUUUCCAGGUCUAAUUUCUUCCAAAAGUGAUGCUGGUUCUGUUCAAAGUGGAGGUAAGGAUGCUGCCAAAGAUAGGCAUGCACCCAACCCUGGUUUUGGGUUUUCAGCUCCAGGGAACUCUGACUUGACGGGCAAGGACCGAAACAUUAGCAGACAUCUAGGAAUGAGGCUCUCCAAAGAAGACCCCAAAACUCCAUCUUUGUCUGUUGUUAAUAAGCCACGUUUUUUGGGUUCAACCUCAUCUUCUGUUACAUCUCAAAAUCCAGUUUCUUUAACUCAGACGUCCAUCAACAUGAAGCCUAGCGCCAGCCAGCCCAAAACCCAGCUGAACCUCAAAACCCAGGGCCCGUUCCAUCGUAUGACCGUUCCAAGUAAAUCCCAGUCUUUUCCCAGCAGCCAGCCCAACACGGGUAGUGGAGUCUCAGCACAAACGUCCAACAGAUUUCCCUCUCCUCAGCUCUUCUCUGCUAAAAAUCCCAAUCCACCCGAAAGUCCAUUCAGCUUCCUAGAAAAGCCCUCUACAGUGAUCCACAGGGUUCUCAAGUUUCAGGGAGGGAACCAGAGCCAGAACUUGUAUAGUGCACCAUGCAAGGAAACCUUGGCUGCCGGGAGCUCAACUGUCAUGUCCAGGGCACUCGGCCCAAAGUCAAAUGAAGUCCAAAAGACCCAGCAAAGUCAGAAAUUAGGUGUUUAUACUGAACGUCCUCAGAAAAGCGACGCUUCUGCCCCUGGAUUUGGUAAGGAUCUUGGCCACCUUUGUACCUCCACCAAUGUCAGCAGGUCUAACAUUAAUUUCAACAAACCCAAUUCUUCCGUUUUACAAUCAUUCAGUAAAAAUAAGAUACCAUCUGACAAGCAAGAGGGCGGUGAAACCAACAUGAUGUACAGAAACUUCUCAGACCUGCCGAGACCAUUUUUCUUUCCCAGCAAAGGAUCAGAUUGUUACCCAUCACCACAAAACAAGAGUUUGAAAGGGGACAGAACUACUGCGUCCUCCUCUGAUAAACACCAGCUGUGUUACACACAACAAGAUGCAUUUGAUUUCAGUUUUAGCUCCUCACUUUCGCCCAUGUCUCAGCACAGCAGCCCCCAAGUGGCCCACAGCACACCUCCUGGUACACCAGCACCAGCCAACAAGAGCCAGUCCUCCACCACCUCAGCUUCUUUCCCUUACGGCUGUCAGGGUCCUCCCUAUGUGCUGAAUUUCAGUGGGGACCAUUCACUGACCCUGGGUCUCAGGGAUGGUACAGAGGGCUACACAGGUUUAGGCCCAACAAACUACACUUACCACUGCCUGAUGGAACCUUCAGGCACUCAGGGGCGGCUGGUCCUUGAACCCUGUGGACCCCAGCUACAGAACAUGUCCUCCAUGGGUGGAUUCGCAGGCGUCAAAGGUCAGGAUGACCAUUGCAGAAGGGACAUGCAGCAGCAGUGCCAGCCCGGGGAACACCAAGGGGUACCGCACUACGGACCAGUUCCAGGAUCACACUCCAUGGGUCCAACAAAACCCAAGAGAGUGAGGCUGGUGGUGACUGACGGUACAGUGGACCUGGACCUGCAGUACUCGGACUAAAUGAACCAGGUCUCCUUGAAUAUUUGGACGUUUUGUGUAAGAGUGACUACACAGAAUCUACCACGAGACUCUUUUUGUAAACAUUGCAGUUCGUAGUCUACCAAUUAGAACUUUUUCUAAAGAGUUAUUUUAAUGUAAAAAGGACUUGUGCGGGAUUUUAAUGUAAAGCAGGCUCGUGAGUCUUUUUAAUUACUGUCUGUUUUAGGAAAAAUACCCACUACAUUUGCAUUUGGAUACCAAAUUUUAACGCAUUAAUAUCUUUGUGUCAGGGAGUUUAAACCUACAUUCCCUGUGAACAUUAAAAUCCCUCCCGACUGUAACAUAGUUGUAUGAGUUUUUCUAUACCACGUGGUAGUAGAGGCAGAACCCACCAUAAUGGUGUGCUGGUACUUGUUCUGGUGGAGUGUGAAGAGGCCGUUUGGAGCCUCAUUCUUUGAUAUUCUUGUGAUGUUUUCAAGCACCCGUCAUAAAAUGUCUACCCAUUUAAUUAUUUUUUUUCCAUACCAACAUUAAGCUCUCCUUUUCACUUUGUGCAACUCUGUGCAAGUUAAUGCAUGCGUCCAGUGGGUGGGAUCAUAAUAUGGCAUGUUGUCAUACGGGAUUGUCACGGUUUAUUGGUGCUUUUAUCAAAGCUCGUGCAUGAAAAGUCUAUGGCGAUGUCACGGGCCUGAAAGACGUGUUUCACUAACUGCAGCCUUUCAGUGUUCGGUGACUGUGGACCAGUAGGGAGGAAAUGACAAUAUGUCCUUUUUUACUAUUAUUUCAGUUGUGCUUCAUGGAUUGAGCGAUGUGUGUGAAUAGUUCAUUGUGUUGUGAGUUUUCCAGGCUUUGAGAAAGCAUGUUAAUGUCUUGUUGCAUCAAAAAUGUGACAAUCCUCUCAUAGCAGUUGUGUUCACUUUCAUUUAUUUUUUCCCCCAACGGACGGACGGAUGGAUUCUGUUGUGUUGUUGCAGAAGAAGCUACAUAGGUAUUUAACUGUAACCAGUUAGCUGUUGAUUGUAGAGAUUUCCCCUUUUUCUCAUGUACUGUACGUUGACCUGCUAGGACAUCACUUAACAGGAGAUAAUUUUACUGCACAGCCUUAGCUUAGCCCCAUCAAGUUGUACUGUCUUGUUAUGAAAUGUAUUUAUUUUAAUAUCCUCACUCUUGAAAAGGUGCUUUGAUCUAAUUUAUAUUUCACAUUGUUUGUUUAAACUAUUAAAUGUGUUUUUUAUAUUUAAUGGGAAAUGACAAUAUUUACAUUAAGUAUUUAAUUUAAAAAAACAACUUUGACAUCCAGUUUUUCAAAUGUUGCAGAUAAAACUAGCUUGCUUUCUAAUUGGCUGUUAGUCUUAUUGGGAACCUGCGUUAGAAAUGUACAAAUGUAGCCUUUAUCAUUAAAGACUAUUCUUAUUUUGUAA